AUGUUGCUCCAACGAUAUUGGACACUAAAAAUCGACUGGGACGAAUCUUUACCGACUGAUUUGCAUAUAGAGUGGAAUGAGUAUUACACGCAGCUGCCAUUUCUGAACAAUGUAAAAUUUCCACGAAAAACGAUAAUCAAGUCUGCAGCCGAAAUUGAGUUACACGGAUUCUGUGACGCCAGCGAAAGGGCGUAUGGGGCAUGCAUUUACCUUCGCACCAUCACUCCGGAUGGUCAAGUCUGGACACGACUCCUCACGACAAAAUCAAAGGUGGCUCCGCUCAAACCACAAACAAUUCCAAGGCUGGAACUCAGUGGAGCACUUCUUCUCGCAUCAUUGACCAACACAGUCCUUCAAGCACUACCAAACAAUAUUUCUCGGACUGUUUACUGGACGGACUCUAGCAUUGUCCUUCUUUGGAUCAACACAUCACCCCAUACGCUGAAAACCUUCGUCGUUAAUCGUGUGGCAGAAGUUCAAAGAAAGACUCAUACCUCAGAUUGGCGUCACAUUCCUACCACGGACAACCCGGCGGAUCUCAUAUCCCGAGGACAAUCGCCCGAAGACUUUCUACGAUCAACUAUUUGGCAACAUGGACCGGAGUGGCUACAACCAUCAGAAGAAUACUGGCCGACGUGGAACCCAGUAUCAUCACCAAUCGAAAUACCGGAGCAGGAGAAGGCAACCUGUCUGUCCGUGACUCCCGCCGACCACAGUCUACUGGAGAGAUUCUCCUCUUGCCCCAAACUGUUCACAAUCACCGCCCGUUGCCUCCGGUGGAGACAAAAACAGGAUCGCGGAAGAUCUCUAACUAUUCAUGACUUAAUUGGUGCGCAUAAUAAACUUGUCCAGUUAUUACAACUCUGUUAUUUUCCAGAUGAGAUCCGUAUUCUCCGAGCUGAUCGACACUCUGCAGUGAAGGGGAAGCUACAACGGCUCAAUUCAUUUCUGGACAAGGACGGGAUGUUGCGAGUCGGAGGCCGUCUCACUCACUCAACAAUGCCUUUCACUCAGAAACACCCAAUCAUUCUACCAAAGUCUUCCGUUACAGCACUUAUAAUCGAGCAUGAGCACCUCCUAAACCUCCACUCCGGAACUCAAGCUACUUUAUAUGCCUCGAGAAAAUCCUAUUGGCCUAUCGACGGCCGUAGUCAACGUCGGAGUCGACUAUUGCGGACCAUUUUACAUCAAAGAACGAAAGGACCGCAACCGACGUAA